GGAAGCUUUCUCAGUCUGAUUCGGGUUUCUUGCGAGCAAUCAGACGGUCGUGCAGAUCGCUCUUUCUCUUCCCAAAGGAAGCGCAUCGUCCAAUCUGUAGAAAGGUGCAGCAGGGGGAGGAUCCAACGCUUUCGAGCUGCUUCUGUAAACUUCUGUACGAGAACGACUCCUGAAAGCUGCGAUAUAUCGUGCAGGACCAUUGCAAUGGCUAAGCCAGAUGUACUUGUUCUUGCUAAGAACAUCCCGCUGAUCUUGGACGAGUUGCCACAGUUCUGCACUCUGCACAAGCUCUAUGAGGAAACAGACAAAGAUGCAUUCAUAGCUGCAAACAAGGAAAAGAUCCAAGCUAUUGUCACUUCAUACAAUGUGGGGGCAAAAGCUGACUUGAUCUCAAGCCUGCCAAAUCUUAAGAUUAUCUGCUGUUUUGGAGUUGGCGUCGACGCCAUCGACCUGGGGAAAGCCAAAGAGCUCGGGAUUCCAGUCACGAACACGCCGGGUGUCUUGACGGAGGACACCGCAGACACCGCGCUGGCUCUUCUGCUGACAACGCUACGGAAAGCGUGUGCUGCAGACCGAUUCGUUCGUUCCAAGUCCUGGUCAAAGAACGACUUCCCCCUGGCGACUAGUCUCAGCGUCGGCGGCAAGAAAGCCGGCAUCGUCGGGCUCGGCGACAUCGGCAAAGCGGUCGCGAAACGCAUCGAAGCCUUCGGCAGCACAAUCUGCUACCAAGGCCCGCGGGAAAAGCCCGAGGUCCCCUACAAAUACUUCCCUACGGUCGAAGCGCUCGCGAAAGAGGUCGACUUUUUGGUGCUGACGUGUCCUGGGGGCGCUGCCACGUUUCACAUCGUGAACCGGCCGGUGUUAGACGCGCUCGGUCCGAACGGGUUCGUGAUUAACGUUGCGAGGGGGAGCGUUGUAGACGAGAAGGAGCUGGUGCAAGCGCUGGUGGAGAAGCGGAUUGCGGGGGCGGGGCUGGACGUGUUUGAGUCGGAACCGAAGGUGCCAGAGGAGCUGCUGUCGAUGGACAACGUCGUGCUGUUCCCCCACAUCGGGAGUGCAACGAUAGAGACGCGGAGCAAUAUGGCGCGGCUUAUGAUGGACAAUUUGCGGGCCCACUUCGACGGAAAGCCGCUUCUAACGCAAGUGCAAUAGAAGGGGCCGAAGAUUCGUCUCGCGCAACUUCUUCUGUUCGCACCUUCUUGUUCUCCGCGCUCACCUUAGAGCUUGAUGAGAUGUCGCGGUCUCCGUGAAGAUCCGAGUACAACGGGGGCAGGUUCCCCCUAAGAAACGGAGGUGCCUGGUCAAGCCUCAAACUUGAAAUCUCUGAGGUAGCGGUGAUUGGUGGCAAUUGUAAGCAGGUUUGGCAAAUGCACCGUGUGUGUAACCAGCUGAUCAUGGUUGAUGAGGUGAUUUGAUGCGUUCGUAGGGGUAGCUUCGGCUGUUAGGUUAGUAGGUAGCUGUAUUUACGAUACUGACGCAUAAGCUGCCCAUCAGAAAGCAAGCGUGUACAACUUCAUUUCGUAUCGGUAAUCAUUCAGAAGUCACCGCGUGCUAGGCCUGUCCGAUCGCACAAUUUUCGACUUAUAUCGGAGUCAUCUCCUAUUAUGACC